GGACUAACAACAGCUAGUUGUUACCCCUUUCGCCAAGAGUUCGCAUUUCGGCCUCAUUGCUUCCUUCCUCGAGAGUGGCGACAAUUUUCCUGCAUAUUCUCUGCCCUCCCAUAAUCGGUCGCGCUGUUCUGAACCGCUGGAAUUCCCGUCAAAGCAUCUGAAGAACUCGCCGUCUUAUCGCUUCCUUCAUCCAAUCGUUAGCCAACCAAGAGCGCGUUAAGCCUCUCCUCGCGCGGGCCCUGCAGGUUCAAGCCCCAGACGUGCGUGCAGCAGUUUCGCCAACUGCCCGAGAGACGGUGCUGCCACCUCAAAACUCAUCCACCCUUGUUCUGAUUGCCAUUUUUUCCCGUAAUCUUUUUUCUUCACAAAUCCCCUACAUUCUUGGGAUACGGAAAAGAUCGUGAGCCGGCAAGCAAAACAAGAUGGCUCCCGUCUCAACCAAGAAUGUCGAGAUCCCGGCCUUUGAGGCUACGGAGCUCGACAGCAUCGCGCCAAUGUGCCGCAGGGCUAGGGCCAAAUUCGAUUCGCACGAGACCAAGGAUGUCGAGUGGCGCAAGAUACAGCUGAGGAAGCUCUACUGGGCCAUUGAGGACUUCACGCCCAAAAUGGUGGCGGCCAUGAUGCAGGACUUUGGCAAGUCCGAGUACGAGGUCAUACUGAGCGAGAUCAUGUUCAUCAAAAACGAUUGCAUGUUCUUCCUCGAAAAGCUGGACGAGUUCACCAAGGACGAGUCGGCCCCGGACGUGCCGCUGGCUUUCCGCCCCAACAACGUCAAGGUCCGAAAGGAUCCUCUGGGCACCGUCCUCAUCAUCGCUCCCUACAACUACCCGAUCCAGCUGCUGCUCUGCCCUCUAGUCGGCGCCAUCGCCGCGGGCUGCACGGCCGUCCUCAAGCCAUCGGAGCUGACCCCGGCCGUCGCCAUGGUCACGCGGGAGAUGAUUGAGUCGAGGCUCGACCCGGACGCCUACGCCGUCGUCAACGGUGCCGUCCCGGAGACCUCGACCCUGCUGAACGAGAAGUGGGACAAGAUCUUCUACACCGGCGGCCUCACCGUCGGCAAAAUCAUCGCCAAGAAGGCCGCUGAGACCCUCACGCCUGUGACGCUCGAGCUCGGCGGCAUGAACCCGGCCUUCGUCACCCGUAGCGCCGACCUCCGCCUCGCCGCCAAGCGCCUGCUCUGGGGCAAGUCGAUGAACGCGGGCCAGGUGUGCUUGUCGCAGAACUACGUGCUGGUUGAGCGCCGGGUCGUGGACGAGUUCAUCACCCAGCUCAAGCGCGCCCACACCGAGUUCUUCCCCACCGGCGCGCGCGAGAGCGACCUGAGCAGGGUCGUUAAUGAGCGCCACUGGCUGCGCCUCAAGGCCAUGCUUGACGAGAGCAAGGGCCGCAUCGUCGUCGGCGGCCAGAUGGACCGCGAGACCAGGUUCAUGGAGCCGACGGCCGUCCUGGUCGACUCGACUGAGGACUCCAUGAUGACGCAGGAGUCGUUCGGUCCCAUCUUUGCCAUCAUGCCGUUUGACGACCUCGCCGCCGCCAUCAAGAUUGCUGCCCGCGUCGACCCGACGCCCCUGGCGCUUUACACGUUUGGCAACAAUGCUGAGAAUAACAAGGUUCUCAGGGAGAUGAAGUCGGGUGGCGCCUCGAUCAACGAUUCGUUCGCGCACGGGUCCAUCCACACGGUCGCCUUCGGCGGCGUGGGCACGUCGGGUACUGGCUCGUACCGCGGAAAGGCUUCGUUCGACACCUUCACGCACUUCCGCAUCAUUGCAAAGACCCCCUCGUGGAUGGAGUCGCUGCUGCGCCCCCGCUACAUGCCGUACCGCAUGGCGGAGCUGCGCCGCCUCGCGAUGCUCACGGCCAAGACGCCCAACUUUGACCGCAACGGAAAGGUGAUCCGCGGGCUGAGGUACUGGGCCUCGUUCCUCUUCACUCUCGGUGGGGGCUGCUUCAAGGCCAUCGUGGCCAAGUGGCUCGCCUGUGCGGUUGUCAUCUACAUCGUGGUAUACGGCUUUGUCAUGCCUGAGAGGCUGGUUCCGAUCGUCCGUGCCAUCUGGAACUACUAGUCGGCCCCUGCAUCUUCUUUGCCCUUGUACUUUGUUAUUUGAGCCGCAUCCAAAAUGUUUGCCGGGAGGCCCCCGUCUGAUUUUGACUUUCUUGGUAGGCGGCCGGCCUGCCUCGUGAUCUGGGGGGUGUCUAUAUCAUGCACACGCGCGCAUGCAGUGUAAUGCCUGUUCUGUUCUGUUUUUGUUGUUUUGUUCUUAGGAGGUGGUGUCGCUGCACAUACUUGCAGCCUAAACUCCCGACAAUUCCUACGGCACGGAGCGUUAGGCCUUCCCUACGAAACCGUUGGGCUCGAGACAUCGGGCCUCUUCCCCUGGAAAAUCACUUGGGCGUUAUUCUCUUCCGUUCCGAUGGUCACACAGCCCACGGGGUA